AUGCAUGAAAUAGAUAAAGAGGAAUUAGGUGAAGAUGGAUUGGAUAGAGAAUGGCGGAGACUGCUCAGGAACGAGUUCAACAAGGAGUAUUUCAUCCGAAUUAGGCAGAGACUCCUUGGUACAGAGUAUUUGCCAGCAGAGGGGAAUUUGUAUGAAUUCACAAAAUAUACCAGGCCAAAUGAGAUUCGUGUUGUGAUAGUGGGCCAGGAUCCGUAUCAGAGAAGUGAGGAGGCAACUGGAAUGGCAUUCUCAGCACCAGUGGGGAAUAGGCGAAUACCAAGCUCAUUGAAAACAAUUUAUAGGGCAAUUCAAAGAGACUAUCCAAAUUAUGAGGCACCAAAGUGUGGUAAUCUGAAGAGAUGGGCUGAACAAGGAGUGUUGCUGCUGAAUGAUACGCUGACAGUGGAAGAAGGCUGUCCGGGAUCACAUAUUGGAAUUGGAUGGUCCAUUUUUACUGAUGAAAUUGUUAGAAGAAUAUGUGAUUUGAAUGAAUGUGUUGUCUUUCUGCUGUGUGGAGUACAGGCAAGAAGCAAGGCAAACAUAAUAGAUAAAAGAAAGCACCAUGUGAUUGAGACAGUUCAUCCAUCACAUUAUACGGCAGUCAAAUUCAUUGAAUCACAGAAUUUCCUGAAAAUCAACGAGUUUCUUAGGAGGAGAAAACAGGCUGAAAUAAUUUGGUGA